AUGAAUAUACUAUAUGUAACAAGUGGAACAAAAGCUUGUGUUUUAAUAUUUAAUAAAAAUACUGAUCAACAAAUAAAUACAAUACCAGAAUUAACAUUAGGUUUAUCAAUUGAUGCACCACGAUCUAUUCGAUGUGUACGAGAUCUUUUAUUUGUUACAUCAAGUUUAUCAAAAAGUAUAUUUGUAUUUACAAUUGAUGGAGAAUAUCGAGGUGAAUUAAGACAUGAAUUAUUUGCAAAACCAAUUGGCAUUCUUUUUAUUGAUGAUAGUCUUUAUGUUACAGAUAGUGAUAAACAUGCAUUAUUUCAUUUUAGUGGUGUUCUUCAAUGA